AUGGUGAAGGUGAUGUGGGUUUCCGUUUUAGCCCUCGUGGCGGCGAUUCUCUUGGUAUUGGUGGCCGAAAUCCCGGUGGUGGAAGGAGUGACAUGCUCCCCGGCGGAGCUGGCUCCAUGUGCACCGGCUAUGACGUCAUCAUCGCCACCUUCGGCUUCGUGCUGCGCCAAGUCUUUGUGGGUACAUGAGGAACCCUAG